CUUUAUUCGAUGAAAAGCUCCAUGGAACAAUUCGAUGCUCUAGAUGAAUUGGCAGAUUUUCCAGAAGAAUUAAAUGUCAAAGCAAUUUUAUAGAAGGUUAAGGCAUUUUUAGUUGUAAAACAGCUAAAAGAAGAUAGUUCGCCAAAUUUGGUCAUACCAAAUCUAUAUAUUGGGUGUUUAGGAACAGUAUUAAAUAAAAAAAAACUAUGUGAAUGUAUUUAGAAUGUCUAAAUUAAAGUUUAAAUAACCCACAUUCUUAGUGUGUGUGAGAUGCCGAUAUUUCCAUAUUAAACUGAAGAUUUUAAAUCUCUUCUCAUUAACAUCAACGAUAGCGUAGAUUAGGAAAUCAAAUCAAAGUUCGAAAUGGCUAAUGAUUUCAUUCAUUCUGCUAUCCAAAAAAAUUAAAAUGUACUUAUUCAUUGGUAUUUUUACAUAUUAAUUAAAGUUUUGCUGGUAAAUCUAGGUCUGCUUCCUUUGUUAUUGCAUACUUAAUAAAAUAUCAGCAAAUGACUCCACUAUAAGCUCUCAAACUCCUUCAAUCGAAGCGAAGAAUUGCCCAACCUAAUAUGGGCUUCAUGAAAUAGCUUGAUGCUUAUCAUAAAGAACUCUAUAGAUAACCACAGAUACAAAAAGAAUAAAAAGAAGUCGAAGUCUCUCCUGUCGAAAAAAAAGUAAAAUUAAAUUAAGAAGAAGAAGAAAUUUAAUAAUAAGGAGAUCGAUAGCUACUAAAUUCAUGA